ACUUUUGACUUGGACACAAACGGCACUUUAUGGAUGACGGAGCGAAACCUAUUAGGGAGUGGGAAAGGGUACAAACUACUCAAGGCUGAAAUCGGCGCAAGAUCAUAUUUAUUCAGCCCGUCCACAGUUUCAAGACCUCUUGAUGUGACCACAGAAAAACUGCAGGAAACGACAGCAUUGUCCACAUCAUCCAUUCGUAAUCAAUCUACCACUCCUACCUCUGCAACAACUAGAGAAAUGAAGUCUACUUGGAGUCCAGUUUAUGAAUCUGAGGACACAGAGUCAAAUUCUUCGGAAGACCCAACACCGCCCACAGAGUCAAAUCUCUCUCCCGUUCCUGAUCCUUUCGCAGUCUCGACUACGCCUCAAGCACAAAUGACCACGUCUUCGCAGAUUCCUGUUUCUAACAAGGCCACGAUGAGAAUUCCUACAAACGACCCACCUCUGCAGAUUUUUACCACAGCGUCUACCCAGCAUUCGUCUUCCCUUCCCCUCCCAACCUUGUCUACAACUUAUUACGAGAGUGAGGAGAUUUUAGAAGUCGAGAAAAGCAUGCAAACACCAACAAGAAAGACUGGAGCUCCCCGACCGUCUCUGGAAUCAAACGAAACAGGCGAUGGUCUUGCAAAUGAUUACCGCGAAAGUACGUCUUUGAAAAUAAUUCUGAUUUUGAUGCUCGUGCUUUUCUUGGUCUUGUGCGGCACUGUCAUUGUGUGGCUGACCCUGAGGAUGAGAAGAAAGAAAACCUCUUUGGGUCAGAACACAGUGGACAAUCGUGUGGAAAUGUCCGUUUUCCUGGACGACCCAGUCGACGACAACGUUGGGCCCGAAAAUUCAAACACUGUGCCGUCAGAAGAGGACAGACCUGAGAAUCCUGAAGGUCACCCUGAGCCUUUGAUCUCGGCUCACUACGAGGAAUCUAUGCGUCCUGGAAACACCAACGUGGGCAAGCCAUCGGAACCGGACUAUGACGAAGUUUGUUCUACAGAAUAGGAAAAGCACGAUGACGGAAGACCAGGACUUUCAAGGAACGGAAACUCAGGACGUAAGCCAACAGAGUUGGAGCAAUAUCUCGAACCGUUUCCUAGCAGUGGCGAAACUCAGCUUUAGUGGUCAAGAAAUAAUGUAUUUUAUUUCUUACUGAUAG